AUGGGAAUUGUUACCAGCAGACCCGAGGAUGGCGGGGCGCUCUACUUACGGGAUCAGUCGAGAUUCUCCCUGACCAGUCUUACCGUCACCAACUCAAGAAAGCGGGUCUUGUUGAGCGUCACCCCGAAUAACUUUCCGGCCACGAGAGUCAAUGCUCAGAGAGAAGGGACCGAUGAAAGUGUCAUAGACUUUGUCCAAGACCCUGAUCCGGUCAACCAAAACGCUCCACCCAAUUUUCUCCUUCGCCUCAGUAAUGAAGAUGAGUUAUACUUCAACUUCAGCUUUGCGAUUAGGCAGUCAUGGCCGGGUCAACAACCCAAUUUGGCUGCUCCCGGGCCUGUCGCUAUGGGGGAGGCUGGUGCUGAUACGACGAUUAAUGGCCUCACCUAUGUCUUUGCUUCGAACACCAAAGAUCUCGAGACUUUAGUUACACGCGAGUUCCACGCCGAUCCAAAUUUGCAUAAAAACUCCAACGUUCAACUCGUUGGCGACUUUUCCACCAAAGGCAGCCCUUACAUUCAUUCGAAUUGGUCCUGGAAAUGGCGACCCCCCAAAGCGGCAGAAGAUCGAGGAGGUGGUUGGCGCAAUAGCUGCAGCUUUGUCGAAUACGACCAGCGAGCCCAUCGCCUAGAUACAUUGGCUACUUUUUCAUUUUGGGUGCAAAAUACGCAGCGGCUGUUGACAAGCCCUCAGUCACCUUUCGGCAGCUUUGAACUCACGGUUCCGCCCCCGAAACUCAGAGUACCCUCCUCUCAAUCGAUCCAAUCUAGAUUAAGUGACUCGGAUACCCAACCCGAGUACCGCGAACCCGCCUCUCCGAUUGUCGAAUUCGCACCUGAAACGGGCUUGGGCCUAACCCAAACCAUUACCAAUAGCACCAUCAAAGUGGACAUUUCAUGCCCCAAGCCGGGGGAGGAUAUGAGCGCCGUGGAGGAUGGCCCUCUAUUCCGCGCUACGAUGAAGGCUUUGGAGCAAAAGACGGGAAACAUGCGUUCCAAGAUGAAGAAGGUGCUGCGUAAAGCCGAAGGCGUACAGGCAGCCCAGGACCAAUGCAAUGCAGCCACGGAGGCGUUCAUGGGCGCAUUAAGGGACGCUUCCACCUCGAAUGCGCACGCGGUGCAACCAGCGCUUGAGCAUUAUUUCGAGAAGAUUGCGCGAGAAAUACUCUCCUAUGAACAACAGAAUACCACCAACCUUCAAAAGAUGAUUAUCGAGCCGCUGACGAAGCUCUAUAAUCUUGACAUUAAGCAGGCGGAAGCCAAGAAGAAGGAUUUUGAUGAAGAGAGUCGUGAUUACUACGCCUUUCUCGGUCGUUAUCUGGGACAACGUCAAGAUUCACUCAAGGAGAAGAAGCGAGCUGAGAGUGAUACAAAGUACCAGAGCAAGCGACGCAAUUUCGAAUUGAAGCGUUUUGAUUACUCUUCCUUCAUGCAAGAUUUACAUGGUGGGCGGAAGGAGCAGGAAGUGUUAUCGCAUCUUACCCGCUACGCCGAUGCGCAGGCCAAGUCCUAUCUCGCAACGGCCAAAACGGUCGAGGACAUGAUUCCCCAACUCGAAGCAUUAAACUACGAGGUCAAAGAGACCGACAAGGAGUAUCAGCUCUUGCGGACGGAAAGAGAGGAAAAGAGAAGGACGAUAGAGAAGAGUACAAAAGCUUACUUGGAGCCCGAAUAUAGCUCUGCUCCUUCCGGCGGAGCAGGUGCCACCAAUGGCCAUUCUGGUGAGGCUGAUUUAGGGCGUAUGGACAGUAGCGGCUCCACCAUGAAACAUGCGGCGGCUGUAUCAACGGUUAGCCCCACCAUUGGGGGCGCCGGAGCUAUACCGCCCGUGGCAGCCGGUGCGAGCAAAUUUAAGGGCAUACGUGACCUUGAAGAGAAGGAUUAUAGUACCGCACUGAGCAUCGAGAGAUCUGCCGGCCAGGAACGAAAGGAAGGUCUUCUUUGGGCACUUAGCCGGCCCGGUAGUCACGCAGACCCCAAGGGCCUGAACAAACAGGCGUGGCACAAAUUUUGGAUUGUCCUGGACCAAGGCAAGGUUUCCGAGUACAGUAACUGGAAGCAGAAGUUGGACCUGCACAUGGAUCCUAUCGAUCUUCGAAUGGCAUCAGUGAGGGAGGCUCGCAACGCCGAGAGGAGAUUUUGCUUUGAAAUCAUUACACCCCAAUUCAAGCGGGUCUAUCAGGCUACUUCAGAGGAGGAUAUGACGAAUUGGAUAGUGGCGAUCAAUAACGCCCUACAAAGUGCCGUCGAAGGCAGAGGUGUUACCUCGGAUGUUCCUGCUGUCACUGGCACCUCAACGGGGCCUCGGAGGGAUAUCGGCUCAAUCCUGAAGGGCAAGAGUUCUUCAUCGGUGGGCCAUGGGCAACAUCACAACAGCACUAAUAGCGUAUACCGAAGGACAACGGUUGGUGCUCGACCAACGUACGGCCGGACGGCAAGUAAUAAUUUUGAAGAAAAUCCUUCGAAACUUCUGCAGCUUCUACGCGAUGCAGACCAAGGGAAUUGCUGGUGUGCAGACUGUGGUUCCGGCUUGAAAUCAGAAUGGGUUUCGAUCAACCUUGGAAUCAUUCUCUGCAUUGAAUGUAGCGGCAUUCAUCGUUCAUUGGGCACUCACAUUACCAAAGUACGCUCGUUGACCCUCGAUACAACGUCAUUUACAACGGACAUUGUCGAGUUACUUUUACUCAUUGGGAACCGGGUCAGUAACAUGGUCUGGGAGGCGAAACUGGAUCAUUCUCUGAAGCCAUCUCCCCAUGCUACUCGCGAGCAGCGACUCAGGUUCAUCACAGCCAAAUACGCUGAAAGGGCCUAUGUGACGCCGCUGUCCCUGUCGUUGUCCCGCUUCUCCACGGCAGAGGAUACAUUGUUGGCGUCUGUGAAGAAGAACGAUAUUCAGGGGGUCUUGUAUGCACUCGCUCUUCGAGCCAACCCAAAUGCUACAGAUCGGUCCCGCAGUACUCCCGCGAUUUUCCUCGCUCUUGCCGCGGCUGACCCUGCCCCCCCUGGCACCCCAUCACUCGGCGGUUCUCCCAGUCACCCUCCACCUCCUCCGAAGAAUAUACCUUUUCCUGUUGCUGAGCUGCUUGUUCAGAAUGGCGCCGUCAUUCCCACCAAGCCCCCUGCAUUCCCGCUUAGCGCAUCAGCCCGUCUUUACCUAGAGCAAAAGUCUGGCCGGCCCGCCGCAAGCUCUGGAGGUGACACACUCGGUGAUCUGCCUACCAUAGGUGGAAAUGAUGGAAGCUCUUUUCAGGACAAGACCCGCGAAAGGGAGGCACGGCUCCAAAAGAGAGUUAGUGCGGGUGGAAGACUAGCCCGAGCAGGAUAUUCUAUGGAUUAA